AUGGCGAUCUGUACUUAUAACGCACGUACGCUUGCAUCGGAAGCGGCCAUCGAAGAUCUGAUGAUGCAAGCCAAGAAGAUCAAGUACGACGUCAUCGGACUGACCGAGACGAGACGACGCAGUAGAAAAGUUGGUGGUGUUGGUGUCCUCGUGAACACGGAUGUGGGAAAGAGCAACAACAAACUGUUUGAACAACUUAUGUCCCCAAUCGAACGUCUGAACGAACCGAACGCGAAAAUUGGUCCAUGCUUGAAGGACUCAACAUCGGAACCCACGGUCUGCGUGGAGAAAGGAGGUGGAGAAAGUAAUUCACGACUUCUAUCCAGAUCACUUAGGCAGCCACGUCCACCUGCACCACCAUCGGAGGAAAAGUGGACAUACUAUCUCAAAGGUCCACCCUUCUGA